AUGCUACGCCGCGCUCUUCGCUCUCGUGCUGCUUUCGUGCGUCCACAGGCGACGCGCGCCUUCGCGAAAAGGACGGACGCGUCCAAAAAGGAUAUGCGUCCCAUUCACUUUGUGCACGACGAAGAUGACACUGCAGAGCGACCAUUCCGCAUUGUAGGUGUACGCGACCUUGAGGUGCAGGACUGGGAGUAUCCUACGCGUGUGGAAUCGGACCAGAAGAGCAAGAACCGCGUGUUGCGCAACCGGUUUAACCACCCCAACUUCAUCAGUCUGUGGGUAGACAAGCUGGGCGAGGUGGAAGGCUACCUCAACGAGGAGAAGGUGCCGUACACGAGUGAGGGCGUUGUCAAGGGCCCCGAGGGCCACGACGUGCUGGUUAUCCCGCCCACCGAGGACGACAGCAUCGAGUUCUUCAACCUGUGCGACAACCCCACUAUGGUCGAGUUGGUACAGGCUACUCCCGAGAUCAUCAAGGAGUUCGAGGAGGACAACGAAGAGGACGACGCGUAGACUACAGUACCAGGCUAGAACGGACAAGAGCUCAAGUCGCUGCUUUAAUACAUAGUAUUUGGUUCGGUCUCUUUGAUAAAAAAAAA